AUGGACCUCGCGACGGGGGCCAUGGGCAGCCUGCUCCUCAAGCUUGGCCAACUCCUCACGGAGGAGUACAAGCUGCAGACGGGCGUCAAGGAAGAUGUCGAGUAUCUAAAGAGAGAGCUGGAGAGCAUGUAUGCUGCCCUCCGCAAGGUUGGGAACGUGCCACGAGACCAGCUCGACAAGCAGGUCAAACUCUGGGCCAAUGAAGUCAGGGACUUGUCGUUCAUAAUGGAGGACAUCGUCGACAAGUUCCUGGUGCGCGUCGAGAGAGCUGAGCCAGCCAUCAAGCCACGCAAACUCAAGAAGCUCAUGAAGAAGAUGGGGAACUUGUUCGGCAAGAGCAAGACUCGCCAUGAGAUCUCGGAUGAGAUCAAAGAUAUCAAGGUCCGCGUCAAGGAGGCGGCCGACCGAUGUGAUAGGUACCGGGUCAACGAUGUGGCUGUUAAUCCAGUUGGCGCAAUCACUAUUGACCCUCGCCUAUUGGAUUUGUACAAGGACCAGAAUGAGCUCGUUGGUAUUGAUGAUUCAUUGAAUGAGCUAACCAAGAUGAUGAGUGAUGGAGAUGGUGAUGUGUCCAAGCAACUCAAGAUACUCUCCAUUUUCGGAUUCGGGGGCCUUGGCAAGACAACUAUUGCCAAAGCAGUGUAUGAUAAGCUUAAAGCGGAGUUUGAUUGUUGUGCUUUUGUUCCAGUAGGACGGAACCCUAGCGUGAAGAAACUUCUCAAUGGCAUACUCCUUGAAAUUGCUGGGCAAAAGUACUUGGAUUUGGAUAAAAGGCAGCUAAUCAACAAACUCCGAGGAUUACUCGACAAUAAAAGGUAUUUGAUUGUCAUUGAUGAUAUAUGGGAUACAAAAACAUGGGAACUGGUCAAGACCGCUUUGGUGUGUAAUAAUUGUGGAAGCAGGAUAAUCACAACUCGUAUACUCGAAGUUGCCACAAUGGCCAGUGAAGUAUACAAGCUACAACCACUUUCUCUUGAUUUAUCCAAGGAUUUAUUUGAUAGAAGAUUAUCUUGUGCUGCAAUAGAAUGGCCUAAUCAUCUUCCAGCAGAGGUAUAUGAUAAAAUUUUACAUAAAUGUGGUGGUGUACCAUUGGCUAUAAUCACAAUAGCUAGUUUGCUUGUCGGUAAACCUGUGGAGCUUUGGUCUAAGGUAUACACUUCAAUUGGUUUUGGGGAUGAAGAAAAUGAAGAUGUGGAGAACACGAGAAAAAUACUUUUAUUUAGCUAUUAUGAUCUACCUUGCCACCUAAAGACUUGCUUAUUGUAUGUGAGCAUAUAUCCUGAAGAUCAUCUGUUUGAAAAAGAUAGUUUGAUAUGGAAGUGGGUGGCCGAAGGUUUUAUCCAUGAGAAACCAGGGGUAGGACUAUUCGAGAUUGGUGAGAGGUACUUCAAUGAGUUGGUAAACAAAAGCAUGAUAAUGCCGGUAGAGGAGGCACUAGUAUUGGACUUAGGUAAAAAUAGCAUAAGUGAACUUCCAAAGAGUAUUGGUCGACUAAGUCAGCUCAAGUGCUUGAACAUCUGCGAAACAGACAUUGAAGUGCCAUACUGGAUCGGGAAUUUGACUUCUUUGGAAGAGCUAAGCCUAGGAGAAGUUGAUGAUGACAACUUUGUGACAGAGCUGUGCAAGUUGACAGAGUUGAGGAAGCUCUACAUUUCUGGAAUUUUAAAAUUAUCCAAUGAUCGCGCAAUGAAUGGCUGGGCGGAGUCCGUAGCCAAAGUGAGCAAGAUCCAAGUCAUAGACAUUAGUUUAGUUUUAGGGUGUAGAAUUUCCCAUCAUGAAGAGAACCCCUGGGAACGGUAUGCCCUCUCUCCACAACUCCGUUUUCUACACAUGGCCUACGAUGAACCUGGGCUGGUGGCAAGGAUCAAUCCCUCACUUCUUCCAAACCUGUCCCAUUUAAAACUGCGUAUAUUCGAUCCAGAUCUGGAGGUUUUUGGAAGUUUCCGUGAGCUUGUUUCCCUCAAGCUGGGCACAAGUUCAGCUCCACAUCAUGACACCAUGGGCCGUGCAGGUGCCUUCCCCAAGCUGAGGGUCUUCACGACACAAGCAACGAUUGGUUCGUUUCAAGAGGGAGAUAUGCCGGUCCUUGAAUCUCUUGAGUUCGGCGUUGUAGCACAGUCCAAUGAUGAUGGCAUUAGCUUUGAUUUUGACUUUGGUAGCCUAGGGAACCUCCCUUUGCUUCAAAAAUUCAUGGUCACUUUAUAUGCCCCUCCUGCGGACCACAAGAAGGCUAGGGAAACUGCGAAGCGUGCAAUUGAUGUGCUUCCCAAUCGCCUUAGACAUUAUAUCAUGCCAGGGUUUUCCCAUUUGAUUGAUGAUUUCAUAUCUGAAGCUCUGGCUGAAAGAGCAAACUUAUGCCAGAUCUAUUGUCUAUAUGGAUUGCUGCACAAUGGGCAGUCUCUCAUUAUGAAGGAUCUCUGCCAGAAGCAACGCUAA